AUGUCAGACCUGUCAUCGGCAGAGAGAAAACGUGUGCGAGAUCGACGGGCACAACAGACUCUCCGCAACAAGAAGCUGCGCCAUACAGUCGAGCUCGAAGUGCAGGUGGCGCACUGUGAGCAAUACCACAAUGAGAAGGGCGUGCAGCAUCUCCUCGCGGUCAUUGAGAGUCUUCGGAAACAGAAUGAAGCCCUUGUGGCUCGGCAAAGAGCAUUACGCUCAAUGGUGAACUCAUGGGACGAGAGGUUGGAGCAGACAACACUAUGUGACUCGCCAACGGCCCAUGGUCAAACAAACGGAGAGCCCAGACUUUCUACACCUCUGGGAUAUCACACAUUUCCUGAGCCUCUCGAUGGGGCCACUUGUUCCUUGUCCCUGAAUAAUUUACCGACCUCGGUGGUAUCGCCACUACAACAAUCUCCCAAGCAUCACAAGAUAAACGACAAUGUGGACUGGAACAAACUCCCACUCUACUCGGAUGACUUUUCCCGUCUAAGAACCGUGACAUUUCCUUGGUUCGCUCACAUAGAGCAAAUCACGCCAUGCCCUGACACUCCCGAAUCACCCCUCGAUCUCCUAUAUGGCAGCAAUACCAAUCCACUGGCAAACAUGAUCCACAUGGCACUCGAAAGACGGCCAUGUCGCGACCCUGAGAGACUAGCAAUGGGAUGGAUUGUAUAUCAUUUUUCAAGAUGGGUCAUUGCGCCGAGUCCGAGAACAUACGAGAACUUGCCUCGCUUUCUACGACCUGUCAAAGACCAAUUGCAGAUCGAGCACCCCAUCGCGUUGAGCUGUGUUCCAUGGCCUAGUCUAAGAUCAAACAUGAUUCGUCAAUGGCAGCUUUACGAGAAUAAUCGCGAUGAUUUCUUUGGUUUGUUUGCCUGUUGCAUCAAGAUCCGGUGGCCGUGGGGUGUCAAGGUCCUUGAGCGUAACGAGGAGAAUGAAAUUCGCAUCAAGCCUGCUUUUUAUCAGACAUUCAUGAAAGAGGAAGGCUGGGGUAUCACUCAAGAGUUUAUCAAUGAGCAUCCGAAUCUCAUGGUAGGUAUUGAUGUCAGUUCACUUCUCUUCAACAUGACUUGA